AAUUACAAAGCUUGUUACAAGAGAAGAUCUCAAACUUGAGAUGUCUCACAACAACUCAACUCACUCUAUUGUAGCAAACUAUAGGAGCCCUGUGCAAUUUUUUCUUUACCGAAAAAAUUCACUUCUCAAAAUCCUGAGAAGUUCUCAGCCGCCACAGAGAAAAUUUUCUCUGUUAAAAUCACUGAAGAUGGGCUCAACUCAUCUCGUGAGCAAGGUUUCCUUUUUAUAGGGAAACCCUAGGUCUCCAGCUAGAUCCCAGUUGUUCCCAACCGACAGGCGAAAUUGAGCAUAUCAGGCGAGGUCGACAGAUCACUCAAGCAGGUGAGAUCUGAGCACGUGAGCUCUCAAAUCCCACUCACGCUACAGGCGAGGUCGCCAUCAUGCGAUUUCUCCACCCACAGGCGAGAUACCCACUCAAGCCUGCAGGCGAGCUCUCCGCUCAAGCCCCGCAGGCGAGCUCUCCACCUCGCCUUCAGACGAUCUCCCCGCACAGGCGAACUCCGUGACCAAGCUCCCUCGCCUCUCCUCGUCCGCGAAGCCCUCCACAGGCGAGUUUCAACUCCAUGCAGCAGGCGAGAUCCGCUCCCCUCUCCAAGUCUGCGAAGCCCUCCUCGACUCUGCUCCGUCGCUGUUCGCCUCCGUCUCCGACGAGAUCGCCGUCGCCGUCCGACGAGGCAAGAUGUGCAUCAUAUGGGCAGGAAAGACUCCCAGAGUACUGAUAUGGGAUUCGGAGAUGGUGAAAGAGGUCUUUUCAGAAAAAUCCAGGCAGAUCAGGAAACCCCCACCGAAUCCUCUGAUAAGUAUCCUGGCCCAGGGAGUGGCGAGCCUCGAAGGCGAGGAGUGGGCUAAGAGGAGGAGAACAAUUACCCCAGCCUUCCAUCUGGAGAAACUAAAGAGAAUGGUGCCAGCUUUUGCAACUAGCUGCGAAGAUUUGAUAAAGAGAUGGGACGGGUUAGUUGGUACUCAAGGGUCCUGUGAGGUUGAUGUUAGCCCUGAGUUCCAAAAUCUCACGGGGGAUGUCAUUUCACGAACUGCCUUCGGAAGUAGCUACGAAGAAGGGAAGAGGAUUUUCGAACUACAGAAGGAACAAGCUGAACUGGCCAUUGAAGCUGCCCGUGUACCUUAUAUUCCAGGAUACAGAUUCAUCCCAACAGCAAAGAACAGGAGGAGGAUGUGGAUAUACAGAGAAAUCAGGACUAUCUUAAGAGAGAUGAUAGAUAAGAAGCUAAAAUACAUUGAAACUGAAGGAUCAGAAAGUGGAGAUUUACUAGGAUUACUCCUGCAGUUCACAAGUGGUGACGAUAAAAAGUAUGAAAUCAAGAUUGAAGAUGUGAUUGAAGAAUGCAAGCUGUUCUACUUUGCAGGUCAAGAAACAACAUCGACGUUGCUCACCUGGACAAUGAUUCUUCUGUCGAUGCAUCCCGUCUGGCAGCAGAGAGCUCGCGAAGAAGUUCAGAAAACCUGCGGGAAUAAUACACCGAAUAUGGAAUCCAUAACCCAGCUUAAAAUUGUAACCAUGAUAUUUCAUGAAGUUUUAAGACUAUACCCCCCUGUUACCUUUCUAUUACGCCAUACUUACAAGGAAACAAAGCUAGGAGAGUUUUGCUUCCCUGCUGGUGUAGAUUUCGGUCUUCCUAUAUUACUCAUGCACCAUGAUCGAGAAUUAUGGGGUGAUGAUGCAGAGGAAUUUAACCCCGAGAGGUUUUCAGAAGGGAUAUCGAAGGCAACUAAAAGGGGUCAAAAUGCAUUCUAUCCCUUCGGAUGGGGACCGAGGAUAUGUUUAGGACAGAGUUUCGCCAUGAUUGAAGCAAAAAUGGCUCUAGCUAUUAUUCUACAGAACUUCUCCUUUGAGCUCUCACCUUCGUAUUCACAUGCCCCAUAUACUGUGAUAACUCUCCAGCCACAGCAUGGAGCUCAUGUUACCCUACGUCGACUAUAGGAUUUUAAACAGAAGUUUUAUGUGGUUUUUGGUUUGGUUCUUAAUUUACUUGUACCAAUAAAUAUCGGUAACACA